AUAACAUUUUUAAUAGAUCUAAACUCAUGUCGUUUAUCGCGAGUUUUAAUUAUUUUUUUCUCUAUUCUUUUUGCUUUGACUUUUGAAUUUUUUUUGUUAUGCUUUGACCUAACUAAAACAAUUGAUAUUUAUUGAGUUUCACAAGACACUCAUAUUUUCCAUAUUAUUUUAACAAACAAUUUUACUUAAAAUUUUCUUAAGAUGAUGGAUUAUCAAGAACAAAAUGAAAAUGAAAGUUGGGUACAGAACAUGAAUGAUACUAGUUUAAUCAGUGUUAAUGUUAAGAAAAGUUUGAAACAAGGUCGCUCAAAUAAAAAAUAUAAUUUUCGGCAUGAUCCUACAGAUACCAUUGAUCAUAAUGUGCAAGAAUAUAAUGGGAUUGACUACAUAAAAAUGAUGCAAAAAUAUUUGGAAGAAAGAAACCUCGGUGAAGCUGAGUUUACAGUCUUUCAAUGUAAAUCAAAAGCCAAUUUACCUGCAUAUUAUGCUAACAUUAAUCUUGGUGUAACUUCUCUAGCAAGUUCAUUUCCAGAAAAGUAUUCGCUGCCAGAAGUUGCAAAACAGGUGGCUGCACGUAAUGCGUUGGGGUUAUUAAAAAAGAAAUAUGAUGAUAACAACAUACCCACUACUAAAAAUAUGUCUUUAGUUGUUGAAAGAUUAGAAUUGGAAUUAAAAAAAAAUUAUGCUGGUUUAUUUUGUGAUAAAGUAGUAGAAGUUUACAGAGAUGUUUAUAAUGAAUGUUUACCUGAAAAUUGGUUGAACUCUUUACGCAAUAUGAAAACAGAUAUAAUAAUUGAAGAAUUGCCUAAACAAAAUAAAGCGAUAUUAUACUACUCAUUACAUAAUAAUUUGGAUCAGUCAAUGGAUACUACAGUUAAUGAAUGUAACGCACCACUGAUGAAAUUUGUGGAUAAAACUGAAAGACAAGUUGUAGUUACUACUAUUGACAGCAGUCAAAAAAUUUGGAUACGUUUCAUUCAUGAUAAAAUUAAUAUUCUGUAUAAUGAAAUGUUCAAUACUAUGAAUAAGCCUGGAGAGUCUAAAAGUUUUAUAAAAAUGUACAGUAUUGAAGUUGAUGAUGUGUAUGCUGUAGAAUAUGAUGAACAAUGGCAUAGAUAUCAAGUGACAAAAAUUGAAAAUAAUAAUAUAUUAGGAAUUUUGAUUGAUUUAGGCCUUGAAUUUAGUAUUCCAAGAGAUAAUGUAAUGUAUUUACCACCAAAAUUUCUGAAAUUUCCAUCUCAAGCUAUCAGCUGUGCUCUAACUUCAUUAUUUUUUGCGCCUUAUUUUCCUGUAUGUACAAAAUUAUUUGAAACUAAAUUAUUUGGAAAUGAAUUUACAGCUAAACCUGAUAAUAUUGAAAGUGAAAUACCUACAAUUACAUUAUAUAAUGGAAAAAUCAAUGUUAAUAGUAUGCUUAUGAAUGAUAUCAUACAACUUAAUGUAAUUAAUGAGCUUGAUAGUCCAUGUAAAGCUAAUUUAUCAUUUGUGGCUGACGGAUAUAUGUAUUUACAUCCUUUUAAUGAAACUUUACUUGUAUUAGAAUCUGUACUUGACACAAUUUCUGAGUCACGCCCUUUGGAAAAAUUUUAUUCUAAAAGAAAUAUAUCACCAAGUAAAGUAUAUUUGGUCAAAUGCAUUGAAUUAAAUACUUGGAGUAGAGCAAUAAUCUCAGAUUUCAUAUUUUCUGAUCAUCAAUUCAAUGUUUACUUCAUUGAUUAUGGUAAUUGUUCGUUAAUUGAUCAAGAUAAGUUUAUUCCCCUUGAAUUGCUUGAUCCCAUGUUAGCUGUAAUUCCUCCUCAAGCUUUAAAGGUUGGAUUUCAUUUAUUUCCUCCUGAAGAGUUUACUGAAAGUAGAUCUAGAGCAUUGUAUGAAAUGGCUAUUGAUAAAUUAUUGGAUGUUGUCUUGAUAACAAAAGAUAACGCAGGUGUCCCAGUUGUUGAAAUUUUUGAUGCUGCAGAAGACCCUAACACCCGAUUAUCAUUUAAUACUCAAUUAUAUCAAAGUGUAUGAUUUUUCAAUGUUAUGGACUUCUUUUUGUUUAACUUAACUAUAUAAAAAGAAUGUUGUGUUUUAAUAACAGAACUUGUAUUAAAGUAUAUUAUGACUUGUUGAGGUGGAAUUAUUUUUCUUUUAUUUAAACUGUCAAUAUUUUAAAUACAUUAAUUUGUUAAAUGUAAUAUUUUUGUUUAACUAUUAAAAUUUAUUUUGUUUGAAUACACUAUGAAGAAGGUGUUAUGACAAAGUUUUUAUUAUAUUAUAUAAUGAUACUAAUGUAAUUUGUUGAUUUUAUACUUAUGUUUAGAUAGUAUUGCAUUUUCCAUUAUGAUAUAAAAAUAAAUCUAAAAAAUUACGCCAUUACUUAUUAACAUAA